CUGCGUGACCUGUGACCAACUUUGGAGUGAUAACAAGUAAAAGGUAAUUAGUAGUAGCUGGCUGGCUAGCUAGCUUUUUUAAGUAUCGUUGGGAUAUGGAGGAGGCGGUGAUGUCAGGUGGUGGUUUGAUGAGUAGCAGCGGGAGAGUAGGAACCAAGUGCGGACGCUGGAACCCGACUGCUGAGCAGGUUAAGGUUCUGUCCGAUCUGUUCAGUUCGGGGCUGCGGACCCCGACAACUGAGCAGAUACAGAUGAUAUCAUCUCAUCUGAGCUCCUUUGGGAAGAUAGAGAGCAAGAACGUGUUCUACUGGUUUCAGAACCACAAGGCUCGUGAACGUCACCACCACAAGAAGCGGCGUCGAGGAGGUGGAGGAGACCUUUACUGCUGCACUACUACUGCUCUCAAAACUACUCCCGAUCCCAAGAAAGAUGCAAGAGGUGCUGGUGAAGCAACCGAAGCAGCUGAAAUGGUUUGGGAUAGAAAGGAGAGAGAAAUAGAGACGCUGGAGCUGUUCCCAUUGAGUUCUUACAAGUUGCAGGAGGAGGACAAGUGGAGGUCACUUAGGAGUGAAUGGAGAUCAGAAAUGGCAUUAUUCAAUGCUGAGAUCAACGAUCCGCCACUAGACCUGCGGCUGAGCUUCCUGUAGAUCGACUAAGUACGACCAGUACUAGCUAGGUGCAUUCUCUCUAUUGACCGCAUUCUUGGCCGUUGGAGAGGAGAGGGGGGUAAAAAAAAGGGGGACGAAAGGUUGGACUAUAAUGCGUUUGUAUCCGUUGAUGAGAUCAGGAUGGAAAAGUAGUGCACUAAGGAUCGAGUACAUGCUGCAAAUCUUUGUUCCACGAAUUAUUCCCAUCUACUCAUCAGUGUCUGCAGCCGCACAUGCCUCUGCAUGUACAUAAUUCCAAUCUCCAACACCUUCGUCAACAUUUUAAUAUUGAACCCUUCAGCUACCACGUACGCUUUUACUCUCUAGUACUGUUUUCACUCACAAAGUCAAACUCCCGUCGGCAAAACUUUUUACUCAGGAGCUCAAAAGUAUUGUACGUACUUAAUAAUCUUUUUUAGAGAGCAUGAAUGUCAGUAAUCUUUGUCAGCAGCCCGUU